AUGGCCCACUAUCCCCACCUCCUGACCACCCCCCAGCUAUCCCCACCUCCAGACCACCCCCAGCUAUCCCCACCUCCUGACCACCCCCCAGCUAUCCCCACCUCCAGACCACCCCCCAGCUAUCCCCACCUCCAGACCACCCCCAGCUAUCCCCACCUCCAGACCACCCCCCAGCUAUCCCCACCUCCAGACCACCCCCAGCUAUCCCCACCUCCAGACCACCCCCCAGCUAUCCCCAUCUCCAGACCACCCCCCAGCUAUCCCCACCUCCAGACCACCCCCCAGCUAUCCCCACCUCCUGACCACCCCCCAGCUAUCCCCACCUCCAGACCACCCCCAGCUAUCCCCACCUCCAGACCACCCCCAGCUAUCCCCACCUCCAGACCACCCCCAGCUAUCCCCACCUCCAGACCACCCCCAGCUAUCCCCACCUCCAGACCACCCCCCAGCUAUCCCCACCUCCAGACCACCCCCCAGCUAUCCCCACCUCCAGACCACCCCCCCAGCUAUCCCCACCUCCUGACCACCCCCCCAGCUAUCCCCACCUCCAGACCACCCCCCAGCUAUCCCCACCUCCAGACCACCCCCCAGCUAUCCCCACCUCCAGACCACCCCCCAGCUAUCCCCACCUCCAGACCACCCCCCAGCUAUCCCCACCUCCAGACCACCCCCCAGCUAUCCCCACCUCCAGACCACCCCCCAGCUAUCCCCACCUCCAGACCACCCCCCAGCUAUCCCCACCUCCAGACCACCCCCCAGCUAUCCCCACCUCCUGACCACCCCCCAGCUAUCCCCACCUCCAGACCACCCCCAGCUAUCCCCACCUCCAGACCACCCCCAGCUAUCCCCACCUCCAGACCACCCCCAGCUAUCCCCACCUCCAGACCACCCCCCAGCUAUCCCCACCUCCAGACCACCCCCCAGCUAUCCCCACCUCCAGACCACCCCCCAGCUAUCCCCACCUCCAGACCACCCCCAGCUAUCCCCACCUCCAGACCACCCCCAGCUAUCCCCACCUCCAGACCACCCCCAGCUAUCCCCACCUCCAGACCACCCCCCCAGCUAUCCCCACCUCCUGACCACCCCCCCAGCUAUCCCCACCUCCUGACCACCCCCCAGCUAUCCCCACCUCCAGACCACCCCCGAGCUAUCCCCACCUCCAGACCACCCCCGAGCUAUCCCCACCUCCAGACCAACCCCCCAGCUAUCCCCACCUCCAGACCACCCCCCCAGCUAUCCCUCACCUCCAGACCACCCCCCAGCUAUCCUCACCUCCAGACCAACCCCCCCAGCUAUCCCCACCUCCAGACCACCCCCCCAGCUAUCCCCACCUCCAGACCACCCCCACCUCCAGACCACCCCCCAGCUAUCCCCACCUCCAGACCACCCCCCAGCUAUCCCCACCUCCGGACCACCCCAGCUACCCUCACCUCCGGACCACCCCAGCUAUCCUCACCUCCGGACCACACCAGCUAUCCCCACGUAGCGGUAUUGGAUCCAUACCUCAUAGAAGUUGGAAAGAAGUGA